AUGACCGGUUUCGAUAAAAAUUGGCUGAUGUUCAUGUACAGAAAUUUCAAGCAGAAAUGUUCCAAUGGGCGUAUGAUGGGCUAUCAAUGGCGAUCGAUAUUUCGAAUGUUAUUUCCACAUGCAGUUGAUUAUCAGUUCGCAGAUCGACUAUAUCAAGCUAUUUCGCAGCUUCGUGGACAUCCACAUAUCACAUUUGAGGACCUAAUAAUAUGUAUAUGGCAACUUACUGAAGGAGGCGCUAUCGCUUGUCAGAACAAUCAAGAUCAUGAGCCGGACAUUUCUGUUAAAGCAGCUUUUGUAUUUGCUAUGAUGUCCCCUGAUGCGAAAGGACGAGUAGAUAUGGCGACAUUUCAAAAAUAU